GGAAAGAGGAUAAGGGGGUUAGUGUUCUCUGUUAUAUUUCUCUCUCUCUUUCUCUCGUGCAGAGAUAAAUUCAACUCCGACCACAGCAGCAAUGGCGACCGCCGCAGCCAGCUGCCUGUUCUACGGCCUCUCCUCCACCGUCACCUCCCGCUACUCAGCUGUUUCCACCCACCGCUGCCUGGCCUCUACCUCCCACAGAGCCGUAGCUGCUCUAGCCUCCAAGUCCGUUCCCACAACUGCCUCGAAGAAAGAUCCUAAAACCAGCAAAGACAAGGGUAGGUCUGUAUCACAGAAAAAAUAUUCUGGAAGAUCAAAAGAUGAGAGGCCUUAUCCAUUUGUUGACGGCGAUAAAAGUAAAGCAGAUGCAAGGCAAUCUCAAUCGACGACAUUUAGUUCCUUUGGCACACAAAGGAAAGAGAAGAAGGGUUUCCUCUAUGAUUUCAACGAACAGCAGGUUGAUCCAGGAAACUUUCAAGAUGCUGCUUUUCUAAAUGCUGUUGUUAAGGUGUACUGCACUCAUACUGCGCCUGAUUAUUCUCUUCCAUGGCAAAAGCAAAGACAAUAUACUAGUACUGCAAGUGCCUUUAUGAUUGGCGAUGGAAAACUCUUAACAAAUGCACACUGUGUGGAACAUGAUACUCAGGUCAAAGUUAAGAGAAGGGGAGAUGAUGUCAAGUAUGUUGCUAAGGUCCUAGCUAGAGGUGUUGACUGUGACAUAGCUUUGCUCUCUGUGGAAAGUGAAGAAUUCUGGAAAGGAGCAGAACCACUCCAAUUUGGACGUUUGCCACGCCUUCAGGAUGCUGUAACUGUUGUGGGAUAUCCACUUGGAGGGGAUACAAUUUCAGUGACAAAGGGAGUUGUUUCUCGCAUAGAGGUGACAUCGUAUGCUCAUGGCUCGUCUGAUUUGCUGGGAAUACAAAUUGAUGCAGCAAUUAAUCCUGGUAAUAGCGGUGGUCCUGCAUUCAAUGAUCAGGGAGAGUGCAUUGGGGUGGCAUUCCAGGUUUACAGAUCUGAUGAUGCUGAGAAUAUUGGGUAUGUCAUUCCAACAACGGUUGUGUCACAUUUUCUCAGCGACUAUGAGCGAAAUGGGAAAUACACAGGUUUUCCUUGCCUUGGAGUAUUGUUGCAAAAGUUGGAGAACCCAGCAUUGCGUGCAUGCUUAAAAGUCCCGUCCAAUGAGGGUGUAUUAGUACGGAGAGUCGAACCUACUUCUGAUGCCAAUAAUGUCUUAAAAGAGGGGGAUGUGAUUGUUAGCUUUGAUGAUAUACGUGUAGGUUGUGAAGGCACAGUCCCUUUCCGAUCAUCGGAGCGCAUUGCCUUCCGUUAUCUUAUAAGUCAGAAAUUUGCCGGCGACGUAACUGAACUUGGUAUAAUUAGCGCUGGGAAGUUCAGCAAAGUACCCGUAGUUUUGAAUCCACGGGUUCAUUUGGUUCCCUAUAACAUUGAAGGGGGUCAGCCUUCUUAUCUGAUAAUCGCGGGUCUCGUGUUUACUCCACUCUCUGAACCACUGAUAGAUGAGGAAUGCGAAGACUCCAUAGGAUUAAAAUUAUUGGCGAAGGCGCGUUACUCGUUGGCAAGAUUCAAAGGUCAACAAAUAGUGAUCCUAUCACAGGUGCUGGCCAAUGAAGUAAAUAUCGGAUAUGAGGACAUGAGCAAUCACCAGGUUUUGAGGUUCAACGGCACUCAGAUUAAGAACAUCCAUCACCUCGCGCAUCUAGUGGACUCAUGCAAGGACAAGUAUCUAGUAUUCGAGUUUGAUGACAACUAUCUCGUUGUUCUUGAGAGAGAAGCCGCCAUGACAGCCUCGUCUUGCAUCCUCAAAGAUUACGGGAUUCCUGCAGAAAGAUCCACAGACUUGACAGAACCAUUUGUGGACUCAGUAGAAGAUAAUAGAGGAAGAGACCAGGAAUUUGGGGACAGUCCUGUCUCGAGUUUAGAGAUCGGAUUUGAUGGUCUAUUAUGGGCCUAGCACCCGAAAAUUUUGAUCAAUUUGUUCUCCUCCACGACCUCGAGCUGUGAAUCAGGUUGGCAGCUUUGCUGGUUGAGAAAGUGAAGAAUGUGCUCGUGUUUCCGUUAUGAGCAAGCAUCAUAAUUGACAUUCUUUUCGACCUUCAUUUACUUGCUCAGUCGGCAAUCAGGCAAUUGCUGUUCAUUUGCUGCAGAGGGCCCUUGUUAUCAUUGUCGUAACAGUACGCACAGAUAGUUUUGAUGAUCGAAAUUUUGGUAGGAAGCAAUAAAAUUAUCAGUGUUUCGCGUA